UGAUCCACAUCUCGCUUCAUUCUCAUGGCUAUCGACUAUAAAACGGUGCUAUCUCCGUACAUCAAAUCGCUCCUCCUCACGCCGCCAAACCUCACACCGGACAACCUCGCGACGGUGAUCAAGCUCAUCGUGCAGGGCGUGCCGACGGACAUCCAGACGGCGGCAUUUCUCACGGCUUUGCGUGUGCGCGGGCUUGACCACCAGCCAGAGUACAUCGCGGCUGCCGCAAAAGCAGUGCUUGAAUUUUCCGUGCUCGUGGACCCCGCACGCGUAGACGCACUGGGCUAUAUCGACGUGGUAGGAACCGGCGGUGACGGUCAGAACACCUUCAACGUGAGCACGUCUGCGGCGAUCGUCGCCGCGGGGAUGGGCCUCAAUGUGUGCAAGCACGGAGGCAAGGCACUGACAUCCUCCUCGGGUGCGGGUGACCUCAUGACACAUCUCGGGGUGUCGAUUGCGAAGGUCACCGCCGCGACGACACCCGCGAUCGUUGCGCGUCUGAACUUCUGUUUCCUCUUUGCGCCUGCAUUUCAUCCGGGUAUGGGCAAGGUGGCGCCGCUCCGCGCGGGCUUGGGCAUUCCAACAAUCUUCAACGUUCUCGGACCGUUGAUGAACCCGAUCCCACUCCGCGCACGUAUUAUCGGUGUAUACUCCGAGCACCUUGGACAGGUCUUUGCAGAGGCCGCAUGCGAGAUGGAUGCUGCACGUGGCUGUCCCGGCCACACCAUGGUCGUAUGGGGCGAAUGCGGAUUGGAUGAGAUUGCGCCGAUUGGCCGCACCAAGGUCUGGGCGACCACCUCCUCGGGCGAAAUUACCGUCAGUUACAUUGAGCCCGCGGACUUUGGCUUACCAGAGCAUUCUCUCUCGCUGGUGGCAAGUGGCACUCCGCAGGAAAACGCGCAGGCCCUCUUGAAAAUCCUCGGCAACGACGCAGCCUACGCCGAUGGCCAUCCGCUUGUUGAUUAUAUUGUAAUGAACGCGGCCGCAUUAUCGGUGGUUGGUGGUAUUGCUGAUAGCUGGUCCAGCGGUGUUGUCUUGGCGCGUGAGAGCAUCCGCAGUGGCGCCGCGCUCGCCGCGUUGCAGACCUUCAUCCAGGCGGUGGCUGAGAUCGAAGAAUAGAUAUUUAAGCAUGAAGCAUAUAGAGAAACGAGGCCAAAAUAAAGCUUCCGAAUUAACGUGAAAAGAUAAGAGUGCAUGAUGUGGUAGGUGUGUUAGAGGUCAUAUUCUAGAAAGGGUUUUAAUGAGAUUGCGUGUUACAUGUUCUGACUGAAAAACUAAGCUUAAGAGGAAGUUUCUCAAUUUUACACAUUAAUUAGUUAUUCUAUACCGC